AUUGAUGUGCAUAUUAUCGUUCUAGUCACUGUACAAAAUCCUUCUUCCCUUUGUCCCUGCAUCCACUUGUCAAUACUGUUAACAACGCAAACAUUACCCCAACAAAGAAGACGUUAUCCAUAGUUUAGAAUGGCAUCUCGUGCACAAUACCUUUCAAAGGUUUACCCUCUAAACUAAUAUGAGUGAACUGUAAUCGUGGAUUGACCGCCCGUCACUUUGUCUACUGUCAAUCCCUCAAUUCUGGACAAGCAUGCCGGCAUCAAAACCUCUUAGGCGCUCCAAGCGUAGAACGGUUCCUACAAGAAAUCCAUUAGAGGGAGCGCCUCGCAGGCCCGCUGGAGUGUGCAAGAAGCCUCAGGUAAGAGCCAAGGCUCAAGCCAGCACGGAUAAAGAUAACAAGGCUGCUUAUCUUGGAGUUUGGCUGGAGGCUGAUGGAUCAUCGAGUGGAAGUGAGAGCAGUGAUAGCAGCGACACGACUAGCAGGACCAGUAACAACAGUAGCACUGAUACUGACAGCAGCACUGAUACUGACAGCAGCACUGAUACUGACAGCAGCACUGAUACUGACAGUAGCAGCAGCAGCAGCAGCAGCAAUACCAGCAACACCAGCAACAGUAGUGUCAUUAGCACCGAAUCCGAAAGCGGCUCGGAGUACGUCGAAAGCAGUCUGGAUGAGGAGGAUACCGAGGAGGAGGAAGUGAUACGAGACGAAGAGGCCGUUGGUAUCGAAGUGGCAAGUAUCGAGCCCAACACGGAGGAAUCGCUGAACGGGAAACAU